AUGUCAUCCUGGCUUGUUUCCAUCUUCUUCUUCAUCACCAUCUGCAUUGCCAACUCAUUGUCAAUACCGAAAUCUAACCGGGUGACUGUUAGGCCAUUCAGUGAUGAGGUUCAUUUUGAGAAUGACGAUGAGCACAAUGCAGAAUACGAUCACGAUGCCUUCUUGGGGGAAGAGGAAGCAGACGAAUUCGAUGAUCUAACUCCUGAAGAAAGCAAAGAAAAAUUAGCCAUUCUCUUUGACAAGAUCGACACAGAUGGCGAUGGUUUGAUCUCAGAAGAUGAGAUGCAGACGUGGAUUAGAAAGAUCCAAAAUCAGGAUGCCAGCAAGGAUGCUGACAAAAAGUGGGAUGAAAUAAAUCCCAAACAAGAGAAUAGUAUGACGUGGGAGGAGUAUGAAUUCUUCAGCUAUGGAACCAGAGAGUCUAUUGACUCAAACCCGGAUGAAAAACUUCAUGAGCUGAUAAAGAAAGACCAGAAAAGAUGGAGGGCUGCAGAUUUUGAUCAAGACUCUCUACUCAGCAGAUCAGAAUUUUCAGCCUUCAUGUUCCCGGAGUCUGUCAAGGAGAUGGAGGAUGUUGUGGCCGAGGAAACCCUAGAGGAGAUUGAUGCAAAUAAGGAUGGACUGGUUGACCUGCAAGAGUUUAUCGGUGAGAAACUUUUUCAAUGGUUAUUGGGCUAUGCAAACGAUAUGGACAUUGAGAACAGCGAAGAUGAAGACACCGAGGAGAGCAACGCUGAGUGGAUAGAAUCCGAGAAACAAAAUUUCAUCGAGAACCUCGAUAAGAAUAAAGAUGGCAAAAUGGACAGGGAGGAGGUUAAAAGCUGGCUGAUGAGUGAGGAGUGGAACCAAGUUAAUGAAGAGACUGAUCACCUUUUUAAAGAAGCUGAUGAAGACAUGGACAAACACUUAUCCAAAAGUGAAAUGUUGAACAAGUUUGACCUCUUCGUUGGCAGUCAGGCUACAGACUAUGGAGAUCUUUUCAACAGGCAUGACGACUAUGACGAUUUCAAUGUUGGUUUCGACGGUCGUGGCGGUGGCGGCAGCAGAGGUGGCUACAGAAGUAGUGGUGGCCCCAAUCACCAGCAACCACAACAACACAGACCAAUACCAGAUGAUGGUCCGUUCACUGCUUACGUAGGCAACCUACCUCCUGGCAUCGUGCAGGGAGAUGUUGAAUUAAUGUUUAAAAAUCUAUCGCUCUUCAUAGACAAAUACUUGCGAGUCGAUGUGGCCGAAGGUCGUAGGUCAGAUCAGGGCAAUCGAGGUCGUGGUGGAGCUCAGGGAGGCCGGGGAGGAUAUGACGGUAGCAGAGGGAGAGGUGGCCCUGGUGGACGAGGGGGAGGUCCGGGGCCUAGAAAUGAUGGGAGUUCAUUCUAUGGAGGGGAUGGUUCUUAUGGAGGAAAUCGACAAAAUAGAGAAGGUGGCGGUUACAACAGAAGUGGUCGGGGUGGCGGCUACCAGCCUCAGCCGCAGCAGCAACAGAACCAGGAUAGAUACCACCAGUCACAGCAGCAACAGCAGAACAGGCGAGGCGGUGGUCCCGGUGGUGGCUAUGGAAGGAAUGAAAGUGGAUGGUCGGGAGGCGGUCGACGAAAUGAUUACAACAACAGAGCCAGGAAAGAUAGCGAAAACAAAGGGCCCAUAGAGUCCACCCUACGAGAAUUAUCUCCUGAAUCUGAAAAGAAUGCCAGUAUUUUUGGCACGGGAAAACCCAGAGAUGAAACACUGCACCCUGAUGAACAGAAAACAUCGCCCCACGUAUCUGAGAGUAAAGACUGA